GAAAAGAUGAACUCUCUCCUCGCCUUUGCUGUGCUGUUUGCUUGGGGCUUGUCCCCAGCUCACGGGAGCCUCUGGGAGCUGCAGAAGAUGAUUACAAAGGCGACGGGGAAAAACGCCUUGCUGUAUUACUCCUCCUACGGUUGCUACUGCGGCUUCGGGGGCAAAGGGCAGCCCAAGGAUGCCACGGACAGAUGCUGCCAGCUGCAUGAUACCUGCUACAACAACCUCCUGAGCUACCACUGCAAUGCCAAGAUGCAAGGCUACCGCUAUGGCUGGCACACUGGCAGCCCCUUCUGCAGACAGGGCUCCUGGUGCGCCCAGCUCUCCUGCGAGUGCGACCGCAGCCUGGUGCUCUGCCUGAAGCAGAGCCUCAGGAGUUACAGCACACGCUACCGCUUCUACUGGAAGCACUGCCCACGGGGAGAGGGGGGGUUGGCCAGCAAGGGAAGAGGCGUAGCACAAAGCGUUUUUGGGACAGACGAGUCAUUUCAGCACUUCCAGUUCAGAGCCCACGGGCCGGACACGGAGGGCAGCCUCUCCCCGGGGCAGACAGGCUGGCAGCGAGGAAACGGAGCCGGAGCAAUCCCCCGGCCUGAGUGA